AUGUUCAUUGGCGGUCUCAACUGGGAGACAACGGACCAAUCUCUCCAUGACUAUUUCUCCCAGUUUGGCGAGGUGCAAGAAUGCACUGUCAUGCGCGACGGAGCCACUGGCCGAUCCCGGGGCUUUGGUUUCCUGACCUUCAAGGACCCCAAGACGGUCAAUACCGUUAUGGUUAAAGAACACUUCCUUGACGGCAAAAUCAUCGAUCCGAAGCGUGCGAUUCCGAAAGACGAGCAAGAAAAGACUGCCAAGAUCUUCGUCGGCGGCGUCAGUCAAGAUGCUACAGAGGCCGAUUUUACCGAUUUCUUUGCCCAAUUUGGCACUGUCAUCGACGCGACCCUGAUGAUGGACAAAGACACUGGCCGUCCGCGAGGCUUCGGCUUUGUCACCUUCGACAACGACCUAGCAGUUCAGAGAGUACUGGACUAUCACCCUCUAGAGAUUCUCAACAAGCCGAUCGAGGUCAAGCGAGCUCAACCCCGAGGCAAGAUUGGCGAGGAAGAAGACUUUCGUGGAGGUCGUGGUCGCGGCAAGUUUGGACGCGAGGACCGCUAUGGCAGCGAGGGAAACAAUAACAACAGCGUGGCUCAAAAUCAAGGUACGGGAGUGCAAGGCAUGAAUGGUAUGUCGCCUCAAAUGAUGGCACAGUACUGGCAGCGCAUGCAGCAAUACUUCUCGAUGAUGCAACAGCAGAUGAUGGCCAAUGCCAUGGGUGGUAUGGGCCAAAUGAAUCCUCAAAUGAUGGCUCAAAUGCAACAGAUGCAGCAGAUGCAGCAGAUGCAGAUGCAGAAGAUGCAAGGUGGUGGCAGCAACAGCCCGGGCGGCCAGAACAUGAAUCCACAGCAGAUGCAGCAGAUGAUGCAAAUGAUGGGUGGGAUGCAGGGUGGCAUGAACGGCGGUGGCAUGGGUGGCGGAGCUCCUCCUACAGGUCCAGCUGGUAGAGGACGCGGUUCGGGCUUUACGCCCAACGAGCAGAACGCCUUCGAGCAGCAGAAGUACGAGCACCAAGCUCGUCGAUCACAUCCUCCUGGUGGACCCAAAGGCGCACAGCAAGGUGGAGGACCGCAGUCGUGGGAAGGCAUGUACGAUGACGUGCCACAGCCCGAGGGUGCUAACCAGGGCGGACGAGGCUCUGUCGGACCGAUGCGCAACAGCACCCCCACCAACAGCAAGGCUCCCAAGAAUGCUCCAACUGGCCCCAGCAAUGCUCCUGCGAAUGCACCGACUGGUCCGAAAAACGCAGGCAAGCCAGGUGCAAACUGGCGUGGCGGCGGAGGGGGCGGACGAGGAGGUCGCUAUCAUCCCUACGGACGCGGUUAG